GAUACGGAGGGAAUGCUCUUUAUUGCCCAGGCUACGUUGGGCCGUUUGGCGUCAACGGCAGCAGCAUCAGACAGGAGAAUAACCUAAUAAUGGAAGAAUUUCAAGAUGGUCAGACUCCUGGUGAGGAACUGUCUCAGUGCAAAACCUGUAAAAGAUUUUUCUUGCCCAAUGUCCUGGAGAAACAUGGUAGAAUUUGCCAAAAGGCAGCGGUUAAAAGGAGAAAAGUUUUCGAUUCGAGCCGACAGAGAGCUGAGGGCACAGACAUCCCCGUACUAAAACCGAUGAAACCAGUGUCACAAACCUCAGCUGCCGCACAGAAAGCCGAACCUCCGAAGAAGCCGUCCAACUGGCGCAAGAAACACGAAGAUUUCAUCGCCACCAUUCGAGCCGCCAAGGCCGCCACUCUGGCAAUGAGGGAGGGGGGACCUCUACCCCCGCCUCCUCCCCCGACUUACGAUCCAGAUUACAUCCAGUGUCCUUACUGUCAGCGGAGGUUCAAUGAGAACGCCGCCGACAGACACAUCAAUUUCUGCCGGGAGCAAGCCGCUCGCAUGACCAAUAAAAACAAGCUAGUAGAUGCCAAGAAGACUCCGCUUCGCACACAGUUUAAGCCUCCUGGUCCUGUAAAAAAAACAACCCCUCCUGGUACAUCAGCACUCCCCUCAACUUCUUCUCGUGUGCCCCAGAGACCCCUGGGACAGUCCGCUGUAAGCCCAUCAGGUAAGACAAACUCAGCAGGACCAGUGAGGAGGAAUCUCUCUGGAAUCCCAAGCCCACCUUCAGGUGUGGGAAAUAAGGCCAGAGGUGUAAGCUCAGGCUACGGAGGUGUGAGGAACUCUCAGGUUGGAAUAGGAGCCAACAAAAAGCAAGCUGACGCCAACAUGUCCGGGAAUGACGUCGACAUCGGUAACGGCACCAUGAAGAGCAAGUUCUGCCACGCCUGUGGCGCCAAGUACCCUGUUGACUCCGCUAAUUUCUGCUGUGAAUGUGGGAUUCGGAGGAUAUGCAUCUGACAGAGGUCAAAAGUCGGUGAAGGGACAGGAAAGUAGGGAUGUGUCUGUGCUUAGUUAGCAGUGAAGAAUAUCACCAAAGUUAAUAAAGACUAAGAACAGAUUUUCCAUCUGA